AUCUGUGUAUAAAUUGGGCAUUUACCCAUUCAUCGUAGCUUCUCUUCUCACUUUUGGGUUCUUUUGAGAGAGAGAGAGAGAGGGAGAGGGCCGGGCGGCUCUGCGAGGGGAACACACCUAUCAAAAAAGGAUCUGAAACUAUCAAUACAUACGCCAAUAUGUAUAUACAUGCACAAUAGAGAAAGAGGUAGAUUACCCACAGAGAGAGAUAGAGAGAGAUAGAGCGAAAGAGAGAGGGACACUUCGAGAUUUAUCUUUCGCUUCAUUCUUUCUAUUUUUCUUUGAUUUGCACUGUGUCUACUCGUUACGUGACCAGUUCUUGGAAAUUAUAGAGUAUUCUUUUUCAAAAAUUUCGCUAUUAAUUUAUUCCAAUCACUUGUUUCCCACCGCCGAGCCCCAAAACUUGUUCUCUGCAACUUCUUUCUUUUUCCUAAUCUGGGUUUUCUUCUUCAGUCUUCUUCGUCUUCUUCUCUCUUUUUUUUCUUUUUUGUUUCUAUAUGCGUCUUACCAGUAUACAUUUCAUAUCGUUUGGGUGGUGAAUUGAAAUUAGGGUUUUGAUUUUCUGUACAUGAUUGAUGGUCUUGGGGUUUGAUCGGAUCUUCACUCGAUGAAACCCUAAUUCCCUUUUCUUGAACUAUUAGGGUUACGAUCACAAGUUAUAGGAGAGCAUUGGGGGAUGAUAGGGGCAUUUCUCAGUUGAAUUCUGUAUACCUAGUACUGGAUUUGCUGAGUGUUGAUUUUCUGGAUUCAGUGGUUCUUCCUUGAAUUUUGCAUAUAGAAUCUGCAAAAGAUUGAUGGAUGUUGUUUGGCUUUGAACGGUUCAAUUAGACUCUUUGCAGAACCUCGGUGAUGUUACUCUGAUCGCCUUGUAGGACCAACAGAGGAUCAGAUUGCUGGCAACCCUUUUCAUCUGUCGGUAAAUCUGUUGAGAUCAUUCUUAGUGGCAUAGAGUCGACUGGGCUUGCACUGGUUUCAGCUGCACGUAUCCAUCUCGACUUGGAGUAGGAAAACAUUUCUUGAAAUAUUUGGUUCGGGGAAUUUUGAGGUGAUCAUGGCGCAGAAUUGAGCUUGAAAUGAGUGCAAGGACAUGGUGCAUGGACGGGAGAGAAGUUUGUGUUCUGUUCCUGUGUUGGAAUAUCGAUACGGGAAACUAGGUGAAGCAUUUUUAUUGGUGGAAGUUUUUCGGUUACCUGUCUCAAAGAUCACUCGCAAUGUCUCGCUGCUUUCCUUUCCCACCUCCAGGAUAUGAGAAGGCUGGACUUGGUGAUACAGGCUUGCUAACAAAGGAGAAACACAAAGAGAAAAAGAGUAAGAAAGAUCAGAAGAGCAAAGAAAAAAAAGAAAGGAAAAAAGACAAAGAGAGAAGUGAUGGGAAACAUAAAGAAAAGAAGGACCGAAAGGAGAAGCACAAAGACAGGAAGGAUAAUGAUAGGGAUAAAGAGAAGGAAAAGACCCUUGAUGAGAAAAAUACUUCAGGACAACAGGUAGCCCUAAAUGGUCAGAAGCUUGGUUCUGACAACCUGCACAGGGGUCAUGCUACAGAGACUAAAUUUUUGCUGGAGUUGGACAAGAGAAUCAGAGAUGAAGGUGGAGCUAGAGAAAACCAAGUAUUUCAGAGUAAUACUGUCAUAGAUCAAAGGAGCAUUGAAUAUCCAGGGGUAGUUGUGGAGAGAAAAAUUGGCUCAAGUGAAGGGAAAGAAAAGUACAGGAACAAGAGAGAAAACCGAGUAUUUCAGAGUAACACAGUCACAGAGCAAAGGAACGUGGAACAUCCAGGGGUAGUUGUGCAGAGCAAUAUUGGCUCAAAUGAAGGGAAAGAAAAGUACAGAAACAAGAGAGAAAAUCGAGUAUUUCAGAGUAAUACUGUCACGGAUCAAGGGAUCGUUGACCAUCCAGGGGUAGUUAUGGGCAGCAAUGUUGGCUCAAAUGAAGGGAAAGAAAAGUAUAGGAACAAGAGAGAGAAUCAAGUACUUCAGAGUAAUGCUGUCACAGAUCAAAGGAUCGUUGACCAUCCGGGGGUAGUUGUGGAGAGCAAUACUGGCUCAAAUGAAGGGAAAGAAAAGUACAGGAACAAGAGAGAGAAAGGAGUCUUUCAGCGUAAUACUGUCAUGGAUCAAAGAAAUGUUGAACAUCCAGGGGUAGUUUUGGAGAGCAGUAUUGGCUCAAAUGAAGGGAAAGAAAGGUACAGGAACAAGAGAGAAGAUGAUAAGAAUGUUAAUGGACAAAAGAACAAAAUUGAGGCAAUGGGUACAGAAAAUGCUUUUCUUCGUGAUUCCAAUGCAAUGAGUCAGAAAAGUGUUGGAGUGGCUGGAUCAACAGACAAGGAUGACAAUAAGCAGAGGAAGAAGAAAGAGAAGCAUAAACAUGAGGAUACUGAUAGUAAAGGUGAAAAAAGCAAGGACAGGGACAAUCAGAAGAAAAGCAAAUCAAAGGAUAAAGGCACAAAGAAAGAGAAGGAUAAGGAGGAGAAAGCAAAGGGGAAAGAGCCAAAUAAAGAGCAGCCUUUAUUGAGAGUUAGCAGCAAAGAGGGCAUGGAUAGUUGCAAUAUUAAGCAUCCAAAUCUUUUGAAGGAGAGCACCUACAAUGGAAAUCUUGGCAAAAGAAAGGAGCUUGAAAUUAAUGGAUUUGUACAUGAUGAUGACAUUCUGCCCAAUAAGUUGCCUAGAUCCAUGACUUCCUCUCAUCAGCCCGUUGAAAAUGGGAGGAAAUUGGAAGCAAGCAAAAGUACUAUCCUUGAUUCAUGUGGAAAGCAGGCAGUAGUAGUCACCAACCAUGAGGUGGAGGUUAAGGUUUCUUCUGGUCACCAAAUCCUGCAUGAGAGAAAGAAAUUAGAACCAAAUUCAGAGUCUGUCUGGCUUGCCUCAGAAAGGCAGCGGGCAGCUAGUAGCGGCAAGAUAGAUCAGGAGACCAAGAUUAAUGGUGUGCUAGAUGCUCAACAAAUAAAUGCUUGUUCAAGCAAGCCUGUGUCCGCUCCUUUGCGGGUGAAGGAGAAAGUUGAAGCAUCUGCCAAGCUCGCACAUCGCGACUCUAAGUAUCUGAGCGAGAUACUUUCUGUGCCUAAAGUGGCCGAGUGGUUGGAUUUUGAUGACCAGGAGUGGUUGUUCAGCAGGGAUAAUUUCCGUGAAGAGAAGGAAAAAGGCAGCAGGGGCUUGGUUGAUGGAACACCGCAGGUCUGGGCAGAAGCUUUGACAAUAGAGACAGCUGACAUUACUGCUUUGCCAUAUGUUGUUCCGUACUAAUCGUCCUCCAAGCUUGCUUCUCUUUCCCUUCCUUGGGGGAGUUUAGAGGUUUCCUAACUGCAUUUUGAUUCCGUAUUCUCAUCCCUGGUCCUUUGCUGAUCUAUUAUGCCCCAUUAACUGUGAUUGCCGUCCUUGUUCUGAUUUAUCUGUCGUUGGGCGUGGAGUCGGAUUCAAAUUGGUUUCUUUGCUUGUGCUCCUCUGGGUAGGUAUAUUUUUGCAGUUGUGUUGGGAAUAUUAUGGAUGGGACGGUGGUGGUUAUCUGUACUGAUUUAUUCUUUGCAAUUUGAGGAUGAGGAGGGUAUUGAUGUGGUCUCUAUUGCGCCACUCCAAAUUUUGACAUUGUAAAAUAGGGUAAUAUAUGAAGAUUAUGAUGGUGGUGAUGAUGAUGAUGAUGAGUGUAUAUUUCUGAAAGAAAAUAUAAAGGAAGCACUGUCAUUUGUUUUUUGACCA